AACCCCACUCCAAGGGACCCCCCCCCCCCGCCCCCACGCCGACCCCAACCUUUCAAGAUGGCGGCAAGAAAGGCAACAUGGCUACUCAGUAUUUCAGUUUUAUGCUGGUGUAGUGUAGGGGUCUUAGGAAAUGAGGAUGUACUCUCAGAGGAAGAGCUGCAGUUGGUCUUCGGGAGGAGAGAAACAGUGCCAAAAUACAACCUAGUAGUGCCACGGGUGUCAAGAGGCGGAUGGCACCCAAAGAGGAGCGCCCGGUCAGCUCCUGAGGCUCCUACUCUCAAGUUCGAUGCUCUGGGACGCUCCUUCAACUUCAAACUACAGCGUAACACGGAACUGAUUUCGCCGGAGUUCGUGUUCAUGCAGCGUAAUGGGGACGAAGCAGACAUCAUGGAAUUGGACGAACGGAAUUACGAAAUGUACUAUCAAGGCGUCGACGACACGGGCGACUCAAACAUCGCGGUGGAACUAAGCAAUAAUAUUCGCGGCGUGAUCACCAGCGCCUCCGACCAGUACGUGAUCCAAGCCCUUCCGGAGGCUGUGACACGCAGGAGGCGCAGUAUUGAACCCGAGGGAGAGCGAGACGACGCCCUGCCGACACACAUCGUUUACCGCAGAGAGAGUCACGAUGAAGAAUGUCCGUCGGAGAGCCACUCUCGACGUCGUAGAUCUUUCAUCUCAGAUACGGAUGAGAUUUCACGGAUGAAGGCCCAACAGGAGGAGACGAGAGCAGCCCUAGGAUCACGCGAAGGCAGAAGAUCCUACUACGACAGCUUCGAACAUGUCGUAGAUGAACAAUUGCGAUCGGAAUGGCAUCGCGACAACCGCUACGGCCCAGAGGGACACGAGGACAACAGAGCCAGGGGUUUCCAUGGCGAAGACCUGUACAUCGAGACGGCCGUGUUUGUCGACAAGGACCUGUACAGGCACAUGCAGGAUAACUUCCCGAGGGACACGGAGGACCAGGUGCUCAAGGUGGUCCUCGCUAUGGUCAACGCUGUACAACUCCUCUACAACGACGACACUUUAGGCCACAGGAUCAAGUUCGUCCUCAAGCGCCUCGAGAUCCUGUACAAAGACCCGACGGACCUGCACCGCCCCUACGACAUCGACAACCUCCUGACGAACUUCUGCUCGUGGCAACGCAAGGAGAACCCGCCCAGGGACAGCGACCCCUUGCACUGGGACCACGCCCUCAUCCUCACCGGCCUAGACGUCUUCACCAUCAACUCCAAGGGCAGGGUCAACUCGCAGGUCGUCGGUCUGGCUCCGGUCGCAGGCAUGUGUACGGCAUCCAGCUCUUGCACCGCCAAUGAAGGUCGCCAUUUUGAGUCUGUUUACGUUGUGGCGCACGAAAUCGGACAUAAUCUAGGGAUGCGCCACGACGGCCUCCAGGCAGGCAACAACUGCGACCCCGGCAGGUACAUCAUGUCGCCGACUCUGGGCUCUGGCAAGAUCACGUGGUCCUCCUGCUCGAGGCGGUACCUGGAUGAUUUUUUAAGGACGGCGCAAGCGGAGUGCCUGCGGGACGCGGCUCGGCCUCUGAGUCAGCCGCUCAACCACGAGCAGUAUUCCCCGCCCGGGCAGCGGUUCUCGGCCGACCAGCAGUGCAUGUUGAAACACGGCGUCGGCAGCACUCACGCGACCUCGCAGCCUCUGGCAGACAUCUGCCAGGACCUGCACUGUCACCGAGAUCCCUACACCUGGACGUCACAUCCUGCUCUUGAAGGAACUACCUGCGGCCACAGGAAGUGGUGUCGCAGAGGGCGCUGUGUGGACGACGCCCAAGCCCCUACCCUGCCCUUGUCCUCCGGCCAUUCCCCCUCCUCUUCCUCCUUGACCUCUUCCUCCUCCACGUCCUCUGCUUCUGCCCUCCUUCCUACGGGCGUGGGGGUCGGCAACACGGGCGUGAGGGGCGAGUGGGGGCCUUGGUCUGCUUGCAACUCCGAGUGCUUGUAUAGCGUCGACGGCGUCUUGUCCUCGGGAAGCACGGGUCUCUCCCUGUCGGAAAGGCGGUGCAGGACGUGCCACGGCGAGUACAGGUACCGCGUGUGCUCGGCGGUGCAGAAGUGCAGCGCCGGCCGCCGCAAGACCGUGCAGGACUUCGCCGACGACACCUGCCGCGACUCCGCCAGGAACUCCGCCUUCCUGACGGGGCUGGCGGCGAGGGUGCCCGCGCGAGGCCCGUCCCAGUGCGAGGUGCAGUGCAGGACGGGCGGCCAGGGCGAGCGCUCGUCGGGCAAGGCCUUCCCCGACGGCACCGUCUGCGCGUCGCCCUCCAGCCUUCCCUCCUUCUGCGUCGCCGGCGUGUGCACGGAGUUCCGUUGCGAGGCCGACGCUCUUUACGGCGCCGACCCGCUCACCUGCCGGCCUGACAUGGGCGUUCCCGACCCCCACCGCCCUCUUGGCCCCUCCCACCCGACCACGCGACGCACGACCACGCCCCCGCGCCAAACCACGCCCCAGCCUCCUGCAGGGUACGGAGAGACGGGCGUGUGGGGACCGUGGAUUCCUGCGUCUACGUGUCGUGCCAGCUGUGUGUCUUCAGCAAAAGGAAUUCAGCUUGUGAGUCGUGAUUGCAGGAGCCACAGGUGCACGGGCAUCAACAGGAACAUUCAGAUCUGCAACCCUUCGAAUUCGGGCUGCGAGAGAAUCCAGUCGACGUUCGAAUACGCGAGCGAGGUUUGUCGAAGAUACAUGUCAGAAGUAGAUCAGCUGUCUGGGAUUGGCAUGCAGCUGUCAAGUACCAAAGAUGAUCCGGACCGCGCCUGCACCGUGGCCUGCCAGGACGCGCGCCUCAACUACCGCUUCUACCGCGUCAACGGCGGCGACGGCUGGUUCCCCUUCGGCACCGACUGCGCCAGAGGGACCGCCGGCCGCUCCGCCUACUGCCUCAACGGGAAGUGUUUGGACUUCUCGAACGAGGGAACACCUUUGCGCAACACGAUCUUCACGGAGUACGAGCAUCAGCGGUCCUUGGACAUGGAGCCGAUCGAGCGUGCUUAUCCCCUCGAAGUCAACCCGUAUCACGAGGAUUUCCGGCAGCCCUUCUACCAGGAGUCGGCGCCCCAGCAGACGUAUCAGUGGCAGACGCAGCACGUGCAGGAGCCGUACCGCCCCCGCCAGAGCACGUGGUUCGGGGGGCGGAGGAAGCGGGAUGUGACGUCAUCGUCCCAUCCGAUCUCCAGCACCAUAAGCGAUCAGCUGUUGAUGUCGCUGGUGGACGAGCUCAAUUCGACGCUCAUGUCCAAAGAAACCUCGAGCAAAGUGACCCCGGAUUCCAUAGACUUCCAGAACCCUCUCUUCGUCGGCGAGCAAGUCACGGAGAAUAAUACGUUCACGCUCAACCCUAAUUCCUUCGAGCUCAAGCCUUUCAACCCCAGCAACCUCACUUCUGAAGGCGGGGUCGACGAGGAGGGUCAGUUCGACGCCCUGCAGGAGUUCCGCUGGAGGCUGCUCGUGUCGCCGUGCUCCGUCUCCUGCGGAAAGGGCGUGGAAGAGGUGCUCCUGCUGUGCGUUCAGCGAGAGCGGGAUGACCUCCCCGUGGCAGACCGGCGGUGCUCCCACUUGUCCCCUCCUGCAUCAGGCGGGUUCAGGCCCUGCUGGAGAGAGGAGCCCUGCCCUCGACGCCCUCCUGACGAGGAUCUGUCUUCGUCGCCUGUAGGACGCUGGGUGCUGGGGCUUCUGGAGGGGAUUGUAGAUACACGUGGACUCUGAUCCGUGAUAGUUUAGAUAGAGUCUUCUUUUUUGUAUGUAGUUAUUUUUUUUUUUUUUUUUUUUUUCCACGAUUGUUUUAUACGUAGGUGCAUUUUUUUAUGGAUGCGUUUUAGAUACCGUUUUUUUUUUUUUUUUUUUUGUGUAGAUAAUGUAGGCUAAGAUUGUUUCGUUUCUCUUUAAUAUAUAUUUUUUUUCUCUUACCAGUAUCUCUAAAUUUCGUUCUAUUUUUUUGUUUUUCUCUCUCAAAAUUUACGAUUCUCUUUUGCUUUAUUUAUUACCAUAAUAUUUUCCCGGGGCGAUUCAAAGCGGCAUUCGUAAAUUCUGGAAGCGGAAGUAUGUACCUGUAUUUUCUCCUUGCUUUUCUCCUUCUUUAUCAGCUUAUUCGCCUUUCCCAUGAAAUAUUCCCUGCACUAAGCGCCAUGUUCCCACAGCUGCCCUGUCUUUCUUCACUGGUUAUAAGGUUAGAGGUUGUGAUCAGCCAACCGGUUCUGAACCUAAUCUAGUCUCAGCUGACCUGCUGCUCGUGUAAAGACAAUGGAGGACUGGAAUUUAUUUUUUUAUUAUUAUUAUCGUUAUCAUCAUUAUUAUUAUUAUUAUUAUUAUUAUUAUUAUUAUCUUAUUAUUAUUAUUAUUAUUUCAUUAUCAUCAUUAUUAUUAUUAUUAUUAUUAUUAUUACUAUCAUUACUAUAGCAAGUAGUGAUAUUAGGCUACAUGCAAUUGAAGGUGAUGAUGGCGUAAGUUAAGUUAAGUUGUCUCAAUUGAUGGCCACUUGUUUAACAUGUUCAAAUAAUAGAAGAAACCCACACACACACACACGCGCGCGCAUACACACACACACACACACACGCACACACACACACACACACACACACACACACACACACACACACACACACACACA